CUGCUGUCAAGAGUUGCAGAAGUAGAAGACGAAGAAGAGGAAAACACAUGUAAGUGCACUAUAUGUUUUUAUAUGCGAUUCUCCACUUGAGGAAAAUCCCUGUAACGUUAUAUCCCCACGAGACGUCGUAAGAUCAGUCAAGACAUCAUGAUUAUUCGGCGCUUCCAUUAAGAGAGAGUCAGUUGACGUAUCUCAUCUGAUGAACAUUAGUAUGAACUAUACAUACUCAGACUGAUAUGAGCAGGAAUAAUUGAUAUUCUGAUGUAAAUAUGAAGCUGAAAGAGCUAGAAAGCUGCCUUCAACAGGUGGAUGGAUUUGAGGAGCCCAAAAUACUCCUGGAGCAGUAUCCCACCAGUCCGCAUAUAGCAGGCUGUAUGUUAUACACCAUCCACAACACAUUUGAUGACAUACAGAAUAAACUAGUUGCAGACUUGGGCUGUGGAUGUGGGGUGCUGUCUAUAGGAGCUGCAGUGCUUGAUGCUGGACUGUGUGUCGGAUUUGACAUCGAUGAAGACGCCUUGGACAUAUUCAAAGGAAAUGUUGAGGAUUUUGAACUGUCAAACAUUGAUAUGGUCCAGUGUGAUGUUUGCUCUAUUGGAUCCACUUACGCCAAGAAGUUUGACACGGUCAUCAUGAACCCGCCAUUUGGCACGAAGCACAACCAGGGUAUUGACAUGCAGUUCCUGCGAACAGCAAUUUCCAUGGCAAGCACUGCAGUGUAUUCCCUUCACAAGACUUCAACACGAGAUCACAUUCAGAAGAAAGCAAAUGAUUGGAAAGUGAAAAUGGAAGUCAUUGCAGAGCUCAGAUACGACCUGCCAGCAUCUUAUAAGUUCCACAAAAAGAAGUCCGUUGAUAUUCAAGUGGACUUCAUUCGAUUCACUCCAACGUAAACGUGUUGGGCAAAAAGGAUUUUGUGUUGCUUUGCAAAAUUUUAAGGGUUUUUAUGUAUAUAAAAAAUACACUGUUCUUCAAAAUAAAUUUUAUAAAUGAA